GAAGAAGAGUGACCACAUCAAUACUGUUGACGCGAGCUGCCGACGCUGGCAACUUCUGGACUUUGCACAGUCCGCCCGUAGCAUCACCGGCGCCGGGUUGUUUUUUUAUUUGGCUUUUGCGCGAUGGACGAAACGAGUCCGCUCAUCUCUCCUCUCCGCGAGUCUGGUGACUUAAGUCAUUCUCAUCAGUCCGAAUCCGGCUCACGGCGGGACGGUCUGGAUGGCGUACCUGGUUCGGCAGCUCGCGUGCCCCCGGGGAGCCCUGGAAGCAGUCGCGAGAGGGAAACGUUGCUGGACAGGGGCAGCUCGCCGCGGGAUUUUCACAGGAAUGAGUUUAACGACGACCCAGAGUUCCGAGAGAUCGUGAGGAAAGCGGAGCGGGCCAUCGAGGAGGGCAUCUUUCCGGAGAGAAUCUCGCAAGGCUCCAGUGGCAGUUACUUCGUCAAAGAUGUUCACGGGAGGGUGAUCGGUGUGUUCAAGCCGAAGACUGAGGAGCCGUACGGGCAGCUCAACCCCAAAUGGACCAAGUGGCUGCAGAAGCUCUGCUGUCCGUGCUGCUUCGGACGAGAUUGCCUCGUGCUCAACCAGGGCUACAUGUCCGAGGCAGGGGCCAGUCUAGUGGACCAGAGACUUGCACUCAACAUCGUCCCCAAGACCAAGGUGGUUUACCUGGCAAGUGAGACCUUUAACUACAGUGCCAUUGACCGGGUCAAGGCCAAAGGCAAGAGGCUGGCCCUGGAGAAAGUGCCCAAAGUUGGACAGCGCUUCCACAGGAUAGGACUGCCCCCUAAGGUGGGCUCUUUCCAGCUGUUUGUGGAGGGCCAUAAAGACGCAGAUUAUUGGCUGAGGCGCUUUGAGGCGGAGCCUCUGCCUGAGAUGACCAAUCGGCAGCUUCAGCUGCAGUUUGAGCGACUGGUGGUGCUCGAUUACAUCAUCAGAAACACAGAUCGAGGAAAUGACAACUGGCUGAUUAAGUAUGACUGUCCAGCAGACAAGGGAAGUAAGGAUGAAGAGUGGGUGAUGGUCAAGGAGCCAAUCGUCAAACUGGCAGCAAUAGACAACGGCCUGGCAUUCCCCCUUAAGCACCCAGACUCCUGGAGAGCAUACCCGUUCUACUGGGCGUGGCUGGCCCAGGCUAAAGUGCCCUUCUCUCAGGAGAUCAGAGAGCUGGUGCUGCCCAAACUCACUGACCCCGCCUUCAUCAGAGACCUGGAGGAGGACCUCUACGAGCUCUUUAAGAAGGACCCAGGAUUUGACAGAGGGCAGUUCCACAAGCAGCUAGCUGUAAUGAGAGGACAGAUUCUGAAUCUUUCACAGGCUCUGAAGGAGGAGAGGUCUCCACUACAGUUGGUGCAGAUGCCCCCGGUCGUCGUGGAGACGAGGCGGGCCCCGCAGCGAGACGACAGCCAGUCUUACACACACUCACACACACACUCCAACACACACACGGACGAUGAAAUGUCAUACAGCACGCAGAGCCGAAAGCCCUUCUUCAGCUGGUGGUGAGAACAGAGAAGAAGAGAGGAGAAGAGAGGAGAAGAGAGGAGAGGAGAGGAGAGGAGAGGAGAGGAAAGCAGAGAGGAGAGGAGAGGAGAGGAGAUAAAAUAAGAGGA